CUACUGUCUUUUGACAGGUCUAUAAAUGCACAGCAGUGCCUUUUCUACUUGUGCUUAAAAUUCUUUAGUUUCCAAAGAAAUAUUAUUUCUACUCUUAAAAGUGAAGAGAGUUGAGAGCCAAAAUGAAGAGGGUUUUGGUAACUUUUAUGUUGGUCUUUGCUCUUGUUUUGACAUCUUCCUUUCUUCAACCUGCAACUGCCAAAUCAGUGUACUGUGCACAGAAAUGCAAGGGUAGGUGCUCCAAGGCAGGACUGAUGAAUCGGUGUAUCAAAUACUGUGAGUUGUGCUGUGCAAAGUGCAAAUGUGUUCCAAGUGGGACUUAUGGCAACAAGCAUCAGUGCCCUUGUUAUAGGGACUUGAAGAACUCAAAGGGAAAGCCCAAAUGUCCUUAAACAUAAUACUAGCUACUAGAUUUAUUUUCCUACUUUAAUUUGUGCAUCUUAGACUAUUUUUACCAUUUGGUUCGAGUAACAAGAGUAAUAGACUCUUAUGUGUCUGAUAAAUUGUUAGGGAAUAAGAGCUCCUCUAGGACUUUUUAAUGUUUGUAUGUCUUUUUAUUACACCUGUUCAAGGUUUGAUAGUGGCAUGAACUACGUACAUUUAUCCUCCCCAGACCCCAUUUUUUGAGAAUAUACUGGGGUAUGUUGUUGUUGCAUGAGAUUUGGAUGAAUUAUGGACUUUAAUACCUGCUGUUUCUUUUUUA